GUCACUUCCACAUCCCCCCACUCUCUUUCUCCACUACUGUCUCUUAAUUCAGUUAGAGAUGGUACUGUACGACUCCUCCGCCUUGUCAGCGGGGAGCGGCGGUGGCAGCGGCAACUCCUCGUCCUCCUCUUCCAAGCAUCCGCAGACGGAUAUUGAUGGGUUGCUCGCCGGUGCGGGAUACAAGGUCCGGUCAUCGGAGUUGACACAGGUGGCUCAGCGGCUUGAGAGAUUGGAUACUGCCAUGGUUAACUCUCCCGCUGAUUUCACUCAGCUCGCUUCCGAUACCGUCCACUAUAAUCCCUCCGAUCUAGCUUCCUGGGUUGACUCGCUUCUCUCCGAGUUCACUCACACGUCCGCACUUCCCGCUGAUGGACCGGGUUUUCUUAUAGAUCCAGGGGUUAAUCAGACGGUGCCGAAUAGCUCCUGGAAUGAUCAGAGCGCGCCGCAGAUUCGGCGAAAUGUUUGUUUUGAGCAAAAUCAGAAUCAUCAAGUGACGGUUGUAACGGCCAUGGAAGAGGAUUCGGGGAUAAGGUUGGUACACUUGAUGAUGACGUGUGCGGAGUCCGUCCAACGUGGGGACCUGGGAAUGGCUACUUCUUUCAUUGAGGAUAUGCAGGGGCUGUUAAUGCGUGUUAACACCGUCUGCGGCAUCGGGAAGGUGGCGGGGCAUUUUAUCGAGGCGUUGAGUCGCCGGAUUUUCCAGGUGGUUGGUCAUAUCAGCGGCAGCUCCGCUUACGAGAACGAGAUUUUGUACCAUCACUUUUACGAAGCAUGUCCGUACUUGAAAUUUGCUCACUUCACGGCGAAUCAAGCGAUUCUCGAGGCUUUCGACGGUCACGAUUGCGUACACGUGGUGGAUUUCAAUUUGAUGCACGGAUUACAAUGGCCGGCGUUGAUACAGGCUCUCGCCCUUCGUCCCGGCGGGCCGCCGUUUCUCCGAUUGACAGGCAUUGGACCGCCGUCUCCAGAUGGCCGCGACUGCCUCCGCGAGAUUGGUUUACGGCUCGCCGAGUUGGCUCGCUCCGUCAACGUCCGCUUUGCUUUUCGCGGCGUUGCGGCUGCUCGGCUGGAGGAUGUUAAGCCGUGGAUGCUGGAGGUUAGUGCCAACGAAGCAGUUGCCGUGAACUCAAUCAUGCAGCUCCACCGGUUACUUGGAUCGGACUCGACGCGGAACAGUCCGAUAGAAACGGUUCUCGGAUGGAUCCGAGAGUUGAACCCGAAAAUUAUGACGGUCGUCGAACAAGAAGCCAAUCAUAACCAGCCCGCCUUUCUCGAUCGGUUCACGGAGGCUCUGUAUUACUACUCAACGAUGUUCGACUCUCUAGAAGCCUGUCCGCUUCAACCGGCGAAGGCUCUGGCUGAGAUAUACAUACAGAGGGAAAUUUGCAACGUAGUAAGCUGCGAGGGACCGGCUCUGGUCGAACGGCACGAACCGCUGGCUAAGUGGAGGACACGGCUGGCCGGAGCCGGAUUCCGGCCCUUGCAUUUAGGUUCCAACGCGUUUAAACAAGCCAGCAUGCUCUUAACUCUGUUCUCUGCCGAAGGCUACUGCGUGGAGGAGAACGAAGGGUGCUUGACCCUGGGCUGGCACAGCAGGCCGCUCAUAGCAGCCUCCGCCUGGCAAGCCGCCCCUGACGGGGCCUCAGAGGUCGGACUCAUCAACGGCGGUGGUAAUAUUAACAAUAAUGACGCGCUGUAAAUUAGUUCUUAUUUUUGGGUAAUUUUUUUUUUUCCAAAGCUAGUAGCUGCAGUGAUUUUGGAUGAAAUUUGAGAAGUACAUGUUCCUAAAUAUUUACGAGGUUUAGUCACCUGUUCAUGCAAUAUUUGGUGUCUGAAAAUGUGUACUGUGGCACAUACAAACAUGUCAUCAGAUUU